CGCAUGUAUUGAGAGCGAGAUAUAAAAUAAAUAAAUAAAUAUAUAUGAUGUAUAUUUAUUUUGUUGUUGAGCGAGCGCUUUUUGAGAGAAAAUUGAGGGGGAAUGAUUGUGUAUAUUUUUAUUUGUUUUGUUUAUUUUUGUUGAGUAGGGAAAGGCUUCUUUCUCCUCUUUUUUUCUUUUUUUUCUGCUCUUAUUUGUAGACCACCCUAUGACUAAAAAACCUAGAAGGGAGAUGUGGGGGGGAGAUGUGGGACGUUGGCCAAAUGACAAACAAAAAAACAUUUUUAUUU